AUAGUCUACCAAAGUCUCAAUCUCUCAGGGCGUACAAAGGCGAAGAAGACCGCUCAUAAAAUGGCUUUGGACAUCCUUGCCGUGGGCCCUCUCUACGAAGACCCUGACGUCAACAGAGUAAGGCUGAUAGCACAGACAACCAAAAACUCCACCGCCCCGCCAAAACGCUUGCCUCCUAUCAAGACCAAACUCACCACCAUCGAGACCAAGAGGAUCAUGUCCGUCCUGGACGAGACCAUUCACAAGGUGGAGUUGGUGACCCUGCUGUCAUACGUGGCAUCCAGUUCCAAGAAUUCGGAGGGGAUGCUGGGGGAGGACAUCAUGAAAGCAGUGAGAGAGCACCAGGACCUUUGCCAGAUCCUCGUGGAUCGUGUCAGUUACCUGCAUGAGGAAGAAAGGCAGUUGCAGGAGGAAGAAGAGUUCGAGGAUGAACCGUCGUUCCGAGACCGUGUCCUCUCCAUAGAGGUGCAGAAAUCCCACCUCCCACCCCUUAUGCAGCAGAUCAAAGGAUCCACCAAGAACAUCGUGAGACUCCUGCUCAGUAGCCCCCAGCCUGCCAGGCUGUUGCAGGUGCAGACCCUGGGCAGAAGUGUGGAAGCCCAGAGUUUUAUUGAUAGCCUGGUAGAACUCCGAGGUUUCCUGUUUGAGAAGCUACUCACUAGUCCCAUGGAAGCCAGAGACAAGACUCAGUUCAUCCAGGACAUCACCAGACGGAAUCAGAGGAACCAAGAAAUCAUCGAUACUCUGGAAAAUGAAUUGGCAGCCUGCGUGAGGAACAGGGACGCAGAGGUGGAGAAGGAGAACGUCGUGAUCCAAGAACUGAAAAACCACCUGCACCAGCUGCCCAAGCUCUCAGAGAACAGCCUCCUUCGCACCAAGAAGGAGGCCAAGAAGCAACAGAAGGCGGACUUCCGGGCCUCGCAGGCCCGGGUGGCCAAGACCCAGCAGGAGAUCCUGCUGCUGCAGGCUCAGUUCAACAGCCUGGUCGUGGAGAACUGGGAGGCAGAGCAGGCGCUGAGGAAGAAAAAAUAUAAAGUGGAAACGGAAAUUGAGAACUGGAUCCAGAAAUACGAUUUGGAGAUGAGUGAAAAGCAGGAUGAGUACGAGGAGUUGGAUAUCAUCCACAAGGAGGAGAAGCUGCAGCUGGAGGAGCUGAAGAGACGGCAUGACGUGCUGGUGGAAGAGUUCUCCCAGAUCCAGGCCGAGCAGGAGAUCAACACCAAGAAGAGGCUGGAAGCCGAGCAGGAGAUGGUGCACAUGGUGCGGGCUGCCAUGCUCAUCCAGGCCCUGUGGAGGGGCUACCUGGUCCGCUCCAUGCUCAGGUCCAAGAAGAGGAAGUGGAGCAAGAGCAGAGGGAAGAAGGACAAGGGCAAGGGCAAGAAAUGAGUCCCUCCCCCAGCCUGCCCAGACCCCUGCCCUCACCAAGAUCUUACCUCUCACUCAAGAGCCGGCCUGGAAGCCCCUGGGAUGUGGAGCCCUGCGAUUCAUGGCCUUAACACUUUUUCAAAAUUAAAAACCCUUUUAAAC